ACCAAACGCAGCUUGACUUUCAUCGUUAUCCCAUCUUUCACUGUAAAAUUAAUCACUAUUCUCAUUUGCCAUGACAAUGAUCAAGUUCCUAGGUGGAGGGUUCCUGAAACUUCUUCAUGCAUUUUUAAUGCUUUUGGUGCACUUGAGUCUAGUCCUUGGAUUCAUUUCAGGGGCUAGAGUUGGAGAUGCUAACAACAUCAGGUGCCUAGAGGGGGAGAGACAAGCGCUCCUUGAGUUCAAAAAAGUCCUCGUUGACGAUUAUGGCAAGCUAUCUUCAUGGCGGAGUGAAGAUGAACAUAAGAAUUGUUGCAACUGGGAAGGAGUUCACUGCGACAAUCAAACAGGCCAUGUACUUGAGCUUGAGGUUCAUUAUUUGCGAGGUAUGAUUAGUCCUUCAAUACUUGAGUUGCCUUAUUUGACUUCUCUUGAUCUCAGGGGUCAUGAUUUUAAUCAAAGCCAUAUCCCAGAAUUCAUUUGUUCUCUUAGUAACUUAACAUUCCUCGAUCUCUCUUUGGCCAAUCUCAGUGGUUCAUUUCCAGAUCAACUUGGAAACCUUUCGCAUUUGCAACAACUCCAUCUUAAUAGAAAUGAUUUGAAAGUUAAUGAAAAUCUCGAAUGGCUCUCUCAUCUAUCUUCAUUAGAAUACCUUGACCUUAGCGACACAAAUCUCAGAGCUGCCAAUGAUUGGCUGGAAGUUGUGAGUCAUCUCCCAAAUUUAAAAAGCUUGUUCUUGUCGACAUGUGAUCUUCCUCCUAUGAGUUUUUCAUCUCUUCCCAGUUUCAAUUAUUCAAAAUCUUUUACUUCUCUUGAAAGUCUGUCUUUGAGUUCUAAUCAACUAAACGGCAGCAUUCUAAAAUUCUUGGGGGGUAUAUGUUCUUUACGACAAUUGUAUUUGGGGAACACCACUCUCAAAGGACAACUGGUUGACCUUCUCAAUAAUUUGUCUGGAUGUGCAAAGGACUCAUUAGAGGGUUUGAGUUUACCAUCUAAUCAAAUUUCAGGUUUGUGGCCCAAUAAUUUUGGAAUAUUAUUUCCGUUGUUAAAAGAAAUUAAUCUUCGAAAUAACAGCAUAAGUGGGACUUUACCCAAAACCAUUGGAAACCUAUAUAACCUCAACUAUUUGGCUGUCACUUCAAAUUGCUUGCGGGGCGUGAUCUCUGAAGCCUUUUUCUCAAAUCUUUCCAAAUUAAAGUAUUUAGACUUAUCCAAGAAUUCCCUCACUUUGGAAUUCAGCUCCCAGUGGGUUCCCACUUUCCAAUUGAAUUUCAUAAUCUUAGACUCUAUCAAGUUAGGGCCUAGAUUUCCAAAUUGGAUCCAAACUCAAACGAAAAUCAUCAUGCUUGAUAUCUCCGAUGCUCAAAUUUCAGAUACCAUUCCGGCAGAGUGGUUCACAGACCUGCCUCCUACAUUAGCAUAUUUAAAUCUUUCUUGCAACCAAAUAUAUGGAUGGUUACCAAAUAUGUUAACAAAGUUUGAGAAUGAGGGUCUUGCAAUUGAUUUGAGUGCAAACCAGAUAAGGGGUCGAUUACCACUUUUUCCCACUAAAGUCAUGAUGUUGAAUCUCUCUAAAAAUCGGUUUUCAGGGACAAUUUCGUCUCUUUGUAAAAUCAGCAGUGGGUUCUUGAGUUACCUAGACUUAUCUGAGAACCGAUUAUCUGGACAACUUCCUAAUUGUUUUAUGCAUUGGCGUAAGCUGGUCAUUUUGAAUUUGGCUAGCAACAAUUUUUCUGGGGAAGUUCCAAGCUCUUUCGCCUUGUUGACUCAGCUCGAAACAUUGAGUCUGAGUAACAAUAGUUUCUAUGGAGAUUUACCCUUGCCCAUGAAAAAUUGUAGUUCGUUGAGUUUUGUAGACUUGGGAAACAAUAGAUUCUUUGGACAAGUACCAGCUUGGAUUGGGGAGAGCCUGCCACUGUUAAAUAUUCUUAUCCUACAUUCCAAUAAUCUCAAUGGAAGUAUACCAUUGCAUAUGUGUUGGUUGAAAGAUUUACAUAUCUUGGAUCUCUCCCUAAAUGAUAUAUCUGGAACUAUUCCACAAUGCCUCAACAAUUUCACUGCCAUGACUCAGAUUGGGAACUCUUCCAGUGAUAUCUUUCAUAGAUAUUACUUUAAAUUUGUUGAUACUAUGUAUACUAAUAUGACUUUUGUUUAUGAAAAAGAAUUUGUUGAUAAUGCGAGGCUUAUGUUGAAAAGAAGGGAGUAUAAGUAUGAUAAAAUUCUUGGAUUAUUAAAGAUCAUUGACCUUUCAAGCAACAAAUUGAUGGGAAAACUUCCAGAUGAAAUCUCAAGUCUUUUGCAAUUGGUUGGACUAAAUGUUUCGAGAAACAAAUUAGUUGGAGAAAUCCCUCAAACAAUCGGUCAAAUGAAGCAGUUACAAUCACUUGAUUUAUCAAGGAAUCAAUUCUCAGGCAAAAUCCCAUCUAGCAUGUCAGAGUUAAACUUUCUGAGCGACAUCGACCUAUCAUACAACAACUUAUCUGGGAAAAUUCCUACAAGCACUCAACUCCAAAGCUUUAAAGCAUCUGAUUUCACUACAAGAAAAAAGACUUAA